AUGAAGUUCUCUACGUUUUUGACCCUCUCAUUGCUCGUUAUUCCUGCCGCGUGUGGGAUUUCCGAGUCCCAUCGAAGACAUAGUGCACGCGUCAAACAGCGUCCUCGCCUCCAGUAUAGCGAGGCCCACAAUACCCACGACACUAAUGGUCCGCCAUCGGUUGCGUCGGAGCGAUCACACUCGAGUACAAGUCUCGCCUCGAGCUUCGCGGCAGAUACCGGCAUCAAUGUCGCAGGGCUCUACACAGCUGCACAAAACUCCCGCAGCAAAACGCUUGCUAGCUAUCCAACCACCCCUCAGCGGAAGACCUACAGCAACAUAUAUGGCGACUGGCUGAAUCUGACGGGUAGUGUUUCCGCAUUCCAUUUCAUCGCCGACAUGGAUGUAGACUGCGAUGGGCCCAAGGCGAACUGCAAGGGUAACCGAGACGGCCAAUCGGAGACGUCUUUUGGCGCACUCGAUGCGACCAAAGUGCCGUACUUUGUCCUUCCAGAGAGAUUCACCAAGGACUACAAGAGUCUGCUCAUGCACAACGCCCUUGGAGCGAUCAUCUGCAACGGGAAGAUGUUCUAUGGCAUCUAUGGUGAUCAAGAUGCGGAUAGUCCUCAGGUUAUCGGAGAAGCUUCAAUCCUCAUUGCCCAGACAUGCUUCGGGAACACCGUCGACGGAAAUAAUGCACAUUCUCAGGCUGAUGUUGCCUAUAUUGUGUUUGGUAUGCAGGUACCGAAAGGUGUGCAGAAGAGCAGCAUCGACCUCGCUGCCCUCAAGUCUUUGGGUGAUUCGCAGGCGCUUUUGCUGCAAAAAGCGCUUGGGCUCUGA